ACGACAAGCUAUCUGAUCAAUUAGAAAGAUUCUCUCUUUCUGAAAACGAAGCAAAAUUCAUAGACAUUGCUCACACAGACAUCACACUCAGUGCUGAUGAAUGUAGCAGGAGUCUUUUUGGGAAAAUUAUUGGAGACCGCGCUGCGAGUUGGAUUGGCGUCAAGAGAACAAUGUCCAAUAUAUGGCGGCUCAAUCAAUCGAUGGAAAUUAAAGAACUCAGCCCAAACUAUUUUCAGUUUAUCUUCCAAAGUAAAGAAGACUUACUGAAAGUCUCAGCUGGUAUACACUGGAGCUUUGAGAACCAAUAUCUUGUCCUCAAGGAAUGGAGAACAGGGAUUUCAAGUAAGCAUUCUUGUUUCAAUGAACUGAAUAUUUGGGUUCAAGUCACUAAUGUACCCUUAAAUUGGUUAAGCACAGAAGUGGGAUUGAAAAUUGGCAAAGCUUUCAAACAUGUUAAGAAUGUAGUUUUAGCCAACGCUGGGAAUCAUGGAGGGAAAAUUAUGAAACUGCUAGUUACCCUUGACCUAGAGGAACCAUUGCCAAGGGUUGCCAGCAUAAGGUUGGGAGAGCAAGCGGUCAAAGUUGGAUUUAAAUAUGAAAAACUGUUAAACCUUUGUCAUUACUGCGGCAAGAUUGGGCAUCUAGACAGAACUUGCUCUAAGAGAUUUGCAAACAUCAACAGUAACUCUUUGAAGGAAGGUAAAAAUGGGGACUUUAUGAAAGCUCAUGACACUCAAAGAUGGUUUGAACAUCAUAACUCAGGCUCUAGAGGCUCUCCCCAGCCAGACUUUCCUGUCCCAAAUGACCAGAGAUCACCACCACAUGCUCAUUCCCAACAAGCUGAGACUAGCCAGCAGAUCAUCCCAAUGCCACAAAGUUCACCUACUAAAUCAGUAGAAAAAGCUCAAGACUCCUGCACAUCUGCAACUCCUGUCCUCACUCAUCAAAAAUCCAUGACGGAAGCCUCAUUGCAAAUAGUUGAAGCUGGGAAAGAUAUGGAAGUUGAUGCAAGGUUGUUGCCAGAACCAUCAGAGUUCAUAGUCCAUAAUAAUUUGAUCUCUUCCUCAACUCAGAAUCUGAAAACUUGGAGAAGAGACAGAAGCAAAGAUGGAAGGUUACUCAGGAAUCCACCUACAAAAAAAACAAAAUCUUAUGUGAAUUGUAUAAGUAAGAAAUUAGGUUAUGCUGAUAGAAUAGCUAUUGUUGACCCCAUUGGUCUCAGGGGGGGUUUAGCUUUAUUUUGGGAUUCUAGUGUUGUAAUCUUUCAGGUUCUGUGUAAUGAUUUCUAUAUAACAGUGCACUUUUCUCUUCCCUCUCAAAGCCCCCAAUGGGGUAUUUUUGUUUAUUUAAGUCCCUGCAGAACAUCCAGAGCUGAUCAAUGGAACAAACUUCUACAAGAAAAGACCCUUUGGGGCAAUUGCUGGUUUGCCAUUGGUGAUUGGAAUGAUAUUUGCUCAAACUCAGAAAAAUCAGGAGGCAUUCCCAGGAGUCAGAACAGUCUUCAACCCUUCCAUACUUUUAUUAAUCUAAUGGGGAUGGAAGAGAUCAGACUUCAGGGUUACCCCUUUACUUGGUGCAACAACAGAUCAAAUUCUGAGUUAGUGGAGGAACAGAUUGAUAAAGCCUUUGGAUCCUCAGACUGGCUACUUCACUAUCCUAAUUCUUCAGUGCAUAAUAAAUUGAGAAGUUCUUCUGAUCACUCUGCUCUUUUGUUUGAUAUGGGUCUUCUUGGGGAAAAGAAACAUGGUAGAUUCCACUUUGAUAAGAGGUGGAUAGGGAAAGAGGGGUUUGAAGAAACUGUGAAAAAAGCCUGGCUAACCUCAGUCACUGGUACUCCUUUUUUAAGAUUGAAAGAGAAGAUCAAAUUAACAAGAUUGGCACUGCUUAAGUGGAGUUCCACCCUUCAGACUCAAAAUCAAGCCCUCAUUGCAGAACUCACUCAAAAAUUGGAUAAGCUGAAUAAUGACAAAGCAGGGGUCAACUGGGAAAACUGGGAAUCUACUAAAAUGGCAUUAAACAAAGCUCAUCUCCAUGAAGAAAUCUAUUGGCAGCAGAAAUCAAGGCAAAGAUGGCUUAAGGAAGGAGACGCCAAUACAAGAUUUUUUCAUGCUUUUACUCUGCAGAGGAGAAGACUAAAUGCAAUCACCAGGUUUGUAGAUCCUCAGGGUAGAAUUAUGACCUCUCAGAGAGCAAUGGAGCAUCACAUUUCAGAUUUCUACAAUAAUCUCUUUACUUCAGAUGGCAGCAGAGGAGGAGAUUCAAUCCUUCACCUGAUACCUCAAACUUCAGCAAUAUUUUUCAGCAGGAAUACUCCUUUGCCACUCCAGCAUUCUAUUUGUUCUACUUUCAAUGGAAUAACAACCCAUAGAUCCACCAGAUACUUGGGACUGCCAUUGGGAAUUGGAAAAUCCAAAAAGGAAGUAUUUGAGUACCUACUUCAUUCU